AUACAAGAAACCGAGAACAGUCAGUAUUCGGAAUGAGGAUGGAGAGGUGUUCUAUUCUCUACAGUCAAACUCAUGAUACUCACCAAUCCACACCAAUCAGCCACAAGCACGUAUUCAAUUGAAAGGUUGCUACUGGAGAAAUGAAUACUGUCACCUAGAACACAACGAAUGGUGAGCUACUCUUGCGUGUCAAGUGUCCAUUAGUUUAAUCCUUUUCUUGCAGAUUGUCUCACAAACUCAAGUUCUUGAAAUGUGGGAGCAGUGCAGGAGCGGCCUCGUUAGAACUUAUAUAGAGAGAGAAAGUGAAGACACAAACACAGAGAGAGAGAGAGAGAGAGGUUUGUUUAUGUGUAUUUUCGCAUUGGAAUGUCCUCUGAUUGGGCUGCCAUAAUCCCCCAUAUCUCUCCUCAUCGUGCCCUCCGCAGAUUGUCUAAGAGCCUCUAAAAAUCCAUCGUUUUAUUGUCUCCUAUAAUUAAUUCGAUCUCUUUUUUUUUUCAAUACCCACAUGCAUUGAUCUCUCUCUGUCUCUCUAUUAUACCCUCAAUGGGUUCUGUUCGCUCUACUCUCAUUCUUGAGCUCCCAUCAAUAAGCUAGAGAUCUUUUACACAGCUUGUUUCUCCGCCUACUUGAUUUAUUAUUUAUAUCUCGCUCAGUAAAUGGCGAAUGCAUCUAGGUAUUUUUCGCCUUCAAUUCCUAGCCUGAGAAAGAGGAAUAAUCCUCCUUGUAUUGGCAUAUACCAAUCUGGGUUUACUUCCGCUGAAGGAAUCUCCAAAAGGGUAUUCUGCUGUAGCUCUAGCACAAUUGAAGGAGCUGAGGCUUCCCCUUCUGGAACUCGAGUGCCUAGGCUUAUCAGCAAAGGUUGCAAACUAGUUGGAUGUGGAUCUGCAGUACCGAGUCUCAAGGUUUCCAACGAUGAUCUUGCGAAUCUUGUGGAUACUUCAGAUGAGUGGAUUUCUUCUCGCACUGGGAUUCGUAAUCGACAUGUUCUAGCAGGCAAUGAGAGCAUGACAGCUCUGGCUGUGAAGGCAGCCCGAAAAGCUCUUCAGAUGGCGGAGGUUGAUCCUGAUCACGUGGACCUAGUCCUGAUGUGUACUUCAACUCCAGAGGAUCUUUUUGGUAGUGCUCCUCAGAUCCAAAAGGCGCUUGGCUGCAAAAAUAAUCCAUUGGCUUAUGAUAUUACGGCUGCUUGUAGUGGGUUUUUGUUGGGUCUAGUUUCAGCUGCCUGUUAUAUUAGGGGAGGUGGCUUUAGUAAUGUUCUUGUGAUAGGGGCUGAUGCUCUUACACGUUAUGUUAAUUGGACUGACAGAGGGACCUGUAUUCUCUUUGGGGAUGCUGCUGGUGCAGUACUUGUACAGGCCUGCAACAGUGAAGAGGAUGGUUUAUUUGGAUUUGACAUGCAUAGUGAUGGUGACGGCCAAAAGAACUUGAACGCCCCACUUCGUGAAAAUGAAGUGGAUCAUGCUUUGGGUUCUAAUGGUUCAGUGUUAGGGUUCCCGCCUGGACCUUCCUCAUUUUCCUGCAUUGAGAUGAAAGGUAAUGAGGUAUUUCGCUUUGCUGUUCGAUGUGUGCCGCAGUCAAUAGAAUCUGCCCUCGAAAAGGCUGGUCUCACUGGGUCUGACAUUGAUUGGUUACUACUCCACCAGGCAAACCAGAGGAUCCUCGAUUCAGUUGCAACACGGCUAGAGGUCCCACCAGAACGAGUCAUAUCUAAUUUGGCGAAUUACGGUAACACAAGUGCUGCAUCCAUUCCAUUGGCACUGGACGAAGCUGUACGAGGUGGGAAGGUGAAACCGGGCGACACCAUUGCAACUGCAGGUUUCGGUGCUGGUCUUACUUGGGGAUCCGCAAUUGUUAGAUGGGGAUGAAACCCUUCCUUCUCUACUCACUACAGAAGACAAAAUUAGAGUCGCUUGUAUAAGCUGCAGCCGCCGUCUACCGUUUCUGAAUGUCGUUCAGUUAUUUACGAGGCUGUAAAACACAAUCUUCUUCAGCUUUCUUUUGCUUGUUCAGGUUUUGUCACCUUUAAACUUUUCGAACCAUCAAUAAAGUUCAUUCUUUCUCCCUGCA